ACUGAAUCAUAUCAUACCAAGCAAUUGUACCUUCCUCCUCACACAACCGACACUAAAAAAAACUUUUCUUAGCAUUGACUACAGAAAGCACUGCAGGCUGACUCAUCCUAUUUGAAUAUGGGUUACUACCGGAAUACAUGUUUGUAUCUCCUCGCCGAACCACUUCAUAAGCAUGCUUGAAAAUACCACACUCGAUUGUUUUAGGGCAAAGAUCCCCUAAAACACCAACCGCACGAAAACUCUGAUGAAAAUAGUUGACAACAAAGCAACAUUCUUUCCUGGCAACCCAAGUUAUUUAGUUCAGCAAAAUUGUUCAACGAAAUUAACAUAGCUUGUUCUGGUGGUGCGCGAGGAGAGCUGAUUCCACUCCAUAGACGCUGAUCUCCCAAAAACUCCUGAAGGCAGGCUUCUCUGCCAUUUUAGGGUUACAGGUUUUGCAUGGUUUCAUGAAUCACUACUUGGCAGGCAGUUCGUUUCGUGCUCCGAGGUGUGCUUUCCUAUGCUUACAUCGUUCUGGGAUUUCAGAUUAUGGUUUCACUAGGGUGAAUGCGAGGUAUCACCACAUGAGGCGAACUGAGAGGUUAGUGUGUAGAUUGAGUUGAAAAAAAACGUUGUUAUCUUUUCAGAGAUGGCGGAGAAAAAACAUGGUCGGGGUAUAAAGGGUAGCAUUUUAAUUGCUCCUCGAAAGCUCCCAAAGUUCUCGAAAGUGCCAUCAAUAAAAUCCACCAUACAGCGUGGAAGUGCUAUAGUUCGAGGUUUUAAAACCAGGAUAAUUGCUGAGUUAGAGGCAGCAACGACGAAGUCAGACCCUGGAUUGACUGACAUAAAAGUCCCUCCCUUUCAGCAAUUGGGUGUCAAACUCUUGAUGGAUGGCUACCCCAAGGCUUUCAUCGAGUUUUUUGAGUUGACGCAUCAACCACAGCCUCCGCCUGCAUCCCCGGACUACGUGGACCCCAAAGCUGCUAGUGACGCCAAACAAUUGGUGGAUGCGAGCACGCUCAUCCCUCUCAAGUCUCACAUGGAAAACGCCGAGAUAGGUGCUCGCGAAGAUGACUACGACAAGAUGUUCGCAGCCAACAUCGGCAUCGCAGAUCUCUUCGAAUUGGUGAAGGACUACAAGCAGGCUCUGUUCUACUUCUCCCGGGCCUUGCAGGCAGGGGAGAAAACCGCAACCCCAACGCACAUCGCCAAGGCACGGUUUGCCUUGGGAAGAGUGUAUUGGAAGCUAAACGACAGCGCUCUUGCCAUUCAAAACUAUGAGCAUUUCAUCAAACUGGCCCAGAUGGCCGACGACGUUGCCAGCACCAGUGAAGCUGCCCAGCACCUCCUCCAGAUUCAUACAGCCUGUGCUGAAAAAUUCAAGGAAGAUGGAGAAUACAAAGCAUGCCGGGAUUGCUAUGACAGUGCGCUGGAGACAGCCGUGUUGGCCGAGAACUGGGAAAUGGCUGGAGAAAUGAGAUACCAGUUGGGUUUGCUGUACAUCGACGCCCGGGACACUGAUACAGCACUUGGGUACUUGACAGAGUUCCAUCAGUAUUGUGUAGCAACAAACAAUAAGAUUGGCCAAGGCAAAGCCAACGAAGCCAUGUCCGAGAUCUUCGAGAUGCUUGACCGGGCUUCCGAUGCGGUGGCUCACAUGGAGAAGUACCUGGAGGUUGUUGGUAGCGUGGGUCUGCUGACGAAGGCCAAGGCCGCGUGCAAGAUUGGGAUGCUGUACUACCGCGUGGGGGAUCUGGAAGCAGCGGAGAGGAGUUUCCAGAGCUACUACGCGAUGGCGCGGCAGGCGAAGGAUGUUAGAACCUUGGCAUCGGCGCGGGUGAAUCUGGGCGUGGUGCGAGCGGCGCUGAAUCGGCCUCCUGCUGUGUUGAUGGACGAGGACCAGCCGACGUAUUCUCGUCCGGUUCUCGUCGACGAAGGCCCCGACAACGACUCCGACUCCGACGAUUUCUUCAAGUGACGGGCAGCACACCCCUGCCCACUUCCACGAGAAAAGGGGGCGGGGGAAAAAAGUCGUUUGAGGAAAAAAAGACAAAAUAAAUGUCGAUUGUAUACUUUCUCAGGCUUGUCUUUGGUGUUUACGUAAUGGUACAUGAUGCAUGUAAUUAAAUCUCAAAAAAAUUGGCUUCUUCUACAUA